AUGGACGCCUCUCGCUCGGCGCGUCCGGCUCGGCGAGCGCAGCGCCUGUUGCCGGCGCUCACACCAGCGCCGCCCAGCUCCGGCUCAGCUACAGCUUCACAGAAAUGGGAACAGAUCCAGCAGCCCACUGACAGCAACAGCGCGCCAAUCGGAAAGAAAUCAUCCUCUAUAGCCCACAUUUUCUUCAACCGACGACCAUUAGACUUGAUUCGUCGAACUACCAGCUCUUUAUUAGCCACCAGUGGCAACUCCGAGCCCUCGAGUGUCGUCGUGACACCGCCGGUCACCGAAGAGCGCAAGUUCUGGCAGCCACAUCGUCCUCUCGGCGACAAGAGCGGGCGACGGAGACUGCAACAACUACAACACAAAGAGAAAGGCAACAGACCGCAGCCGCAACGAAGACUGCGACUCAGUGAAGAUGCCGAAACAGAGCAGAGGAAGCAACACGAGCAAGACACUCGAACAGAAACAGCAACAGAGAUAUGUCCUCCGACUGGCCAACAGUUCUUGAUGGAUACAGAAAAAGCAGCGGAGCUCACGGCGCUGGAGCGGGCGGAGAUCUUACAGUGCGACGAGAUCCGCUUCGUGUCGACACUUGCAGUCAAGCGCAAUCGCCGCAAUGGCAAGAUCCAGAACGAUCUGCCAAUACACGGAGACGAGGCGGCAGCUCACGUUGAAGAGGAAUCAGACGACUUUCCUACAUGUACCGAAUUAUGCAACGACGGCUACGAUGACGAGCGCGGAGACUACUUGGUCUUGAUAGGAGACCACUUAGCCUUCCGAUACGAAGUACUGAGUGCAUUAGGUCAAGGAUCGUUCGGCCAGGUGGUGUGUUGUCUGGAUCAUCGCACUGGCAAACAGGUCGCUGUCAAGAUCAUUCGUAAUCGACGGAAAUACCGCGACCAGGCUCUCGUGGAGGUGGAACUUUUGACACAACUCCAACGUAGUGGCGACAACGCGCACAUUGUGCGCAUGGAGGAAUAUUUCCAGUUCCGUGACCACGUGUGCAUCGCCUUCGAGGUGCUGGGCAUCAACUUGUACGAUUUCCUCAAGUUGCGUCACUUCCACGGUCUCCCCAUGCGCAGUGUACGCACAAUUGGCAAGCAAUUGGCCCAAUCUCUGGCAUUCCUCAAACAGGAGCAGAUCGUCCACUGCGACCUCAAACCUGAGAAUAUUCUGCUAGAUACGACGACUAUACCAGGAGAUAAUGGCAUCGUGGACAACGUGACACUCAUCGACUUCGGCAGUAGUUGUCUGGAAGGAGCUCCCAUGUUCACCUACAUCCAGAGUCGCUUCUAUCGCAGUCCAGAAGUUUUGCUUGGCCACAUGUACUCUGGUGCUAUCGACAUGUGGAGUUUUGCCUGUAUCCUAGUCGAGUUGCACGCGGGUCAUCCGAUUUUUGCCGGUGAGAACGAGCGCGAACAGUUUGCCUGUAUCAUGGAGGUGCUGGAUGUGCCUCCAAUUGAAAUAGUGCGCAAUAGCAAGCGACGGCUAAACUUUUUCGAUGAAGUGGCCAACCCGGCGGAUAUCAACACUGUGGACUACACACCCAAAGCGUUCGUGAACUCACGUGGUCGUCGACGCUCGCCGGGAUCGCGAAGUCUUGUCGGCGCUGUCAAGUCUGAUGAUCCGGAAUUUUUGGCCUUUUUGGCAAAAUGUUUCGUUUGGGAUCCAAGUCAACGUCUCACUCCUGAACAAGCUCUUCAGGAACCUUGGAUACUUCACCACGUCAACCCUGUAGAAUAUGAGUUAUAA